AUGCAAAGUAUUCACACUAUUAGAUUUAACAAUAACGUUUACCACAAUGGUAGCCAUUUCACUCUUCUACUUUACGAACACAAUGGAGUAGCUGUGGCUAUUCCAUUACCUAACUCUGAUUUGAUGUCUUUUGUUCGAGUUUUCAACAAUAUAAUAGAAUGUCGAAAUCAUAUAGAGACAAAUCUUCAAAAACUGGUUACACUAUUUGGUUAUGACGAUAACAUCAGACACUGGUUGUCUAGUGUUGAUAAUAUACCACCUAAUCUUGCAGAAAUAAAAAUUUUUUGUCCUGCUGAAGAUCGUUUAUUUGCAACUAGUUGGACAAGACGUUAUAGGAAAAGAUUUGAAAAUAUUACUUUUGAUAUAAUCAAUUUUGAGGAACUGAACUACAGAUUAUUAUUAUUUGGCAUCGAUCAUCUAAAACAACUACAUUCAGAUUUUCAACCUGAUUCACCAGAAUUGCAACAAUUGGUUUUGGAUUACAAAAGAGUUUGUCAUGCUUUAGCGAAUUAUUUUUGGUGGGAAGCUAAUAGAUAA